AUGCUGGAAGAAGAAGGUAGUGCGAAUGACAAAGGCGGACGAUCAUCGGGGAAGGGGAAUUCCUCCGGAUCCGGGCUUCACAACCUCAGUGGUGAUGCAUUGACAGAGUUCCGUCAAUCCAUCAAAAAAGUGGAGCUGCCUUCCUUCAACGGCGAAGAUCCAGCAGGGUGGAUUUCACGCGCUGAAGUGUAUUUCCGUGUACAGGAGACACUACCGGAGUUGAAGGCGGAGAUUAGAGGUCGAGUUCGCAGCUUCGUAGCUAUGGGGGAAAUGAGUCGCGCGAGAUUGUUACAGGUGACUCGUGCGGUAGAGAAGGAGGUCUAUGGAGAAAAAGGGUCGUCUAGUAGUAAGGGGCCUAGAUCUGGAAGCGGGUCGAGGGAAUUCGGAUUGGGUUUUAGUGAAGAAUAA